CUGUGAUGUAGGCUGGUAGCUGUAGCUCUGGUUCAACCCUUAGCCUGGGAACUUCUGUCUGCCUUGGGUGCAGCCCUAAAACGACAAAAGAAAAAGAAAAAACAAAAAGAGCAUCUCUACACUCCCCACCCUCAAAUCAAAGGCACAGUUGGGUAGGCAAGAAAUAAGAAUGGCAGAGGUACCUGGGUAGAAAGCGAGGGAGAAGAGGAAAGACGGCAGAUCUAGAGAACGGUCCAUAUGUCUCUGCCUGGAAUGAGUGUCUGUCUAUCGCACUUUCUGAAAAUUCCUUGAGUAUUAUUGUUUCCUCAUUUCCUCCCAAGGAUACUUGGCAUUUGCUGUUUUCUGACCACAGACUACCCUGUUGGAUGGUUCACCUGGUUUUCCCCACUGAGAUGAGAAAAACUAAUCCUUAGUGGAGCAUGCAUUUCCAGGAGCCAAGGAGUUCAAAAACAAAAACAAAAACAAAAUCAAAAAAAAAAAAAAAACAAAACAAAACCAAACAGAAAAGAGAGGAAGAUCGAAGCAAGAAGUGAGUCAGAGGACUUCUGCCUGUGCGUCUGAGUCAGCUUCGUGGUGUUAAAAAAAGCUGUGUGCGGAGACCUGCCUGGAAAAACUGCUGAAUGGAAAGACUUGAGUGAGACUAGCUUAUAGACUUUGAUGGCAAAUGAAGAAUUUUCACGUCUUUUCAGAAAUGGAAAUGGUGAGCAGCUGCUCAUAACGCUCCUGUGACAUCACAGAAAUCUUGACGCUCGCUCGUCCUUCUCAUCCUCUUAUUAGGCGCAUCCCACCUCCUUUUCACCUAGGACCUUACUUAGCACAAGGCGGGUAGGAAGAGAAGAGGGGGAACGAGCCAGGUGGAGCUGCUGGUCUACCCGACAGCCAUGGGCCCCCGCCAAUCAGGUGAUCUUUUUGGAGGAGGUGGCAUUUGCUAAAGGUGACCUGAGAGCACCCGGCUGCUGUCAGCAAUUCCGUCAGACAUGUGGGACCGCUGGAAAGAAAAACACCCCUGGAUGGGGGGAAGGAAAGCCAUCUCCCGGGCAGGCCUGCAGCACCUGGCUCCCGCACGUCCCCUCAGCCUUCCUGUGGCAAACGGUCCCGCGAAGGAGCCCAGAGCGACUCUGGACUGGAGUGAAAACGCCGUGAAUGGAGAGCACCUGUGGCUGGAGACCAACGUCUCGGGAGACCUGUGCUACCUGGGAGAGGAGAGCUGCCAAGUCAGAUUUGCAAAAUCAGCUCUCAGGAGGAAGUGUGCGGUCUGUAAGAUUGUGGUCCACACCGCCUGCAUCGAACAACUAGAAAAGAUUAAUUUCAGAUGUAAACCAACAUUUCGAGAAGGGGGCUCAAGAUCUCCAAGAGAAAAUUUUGUCCGUCAUCACUGGGUGCACAGGCGUCGGCAGGAGGGAAAGUGUAAGCAGUGCGGUAAGGGCUUCCAGCAAAAAUUCUCCUUCCAUAGUAAAGAGAUUGUGGCCAUCAGCUGUUCCUGGUGCAAGCAGGCGUUUCACAAUAAGGUGACCUGCUUCAUGCUGCAUCACAUUGAGGAACCCUGCUCGCUGGGGGCUCAUGCUGCUGUUAUCGUCCCGCCCACCUGGAUCAUUAAGGUGAAGAAACCUCAGGUGAUCUCCAUACCAGGAGAUGAACUUGAACUUGGUUGGGCGGGAGACGGACCUGGUUGGGCGGGAGACUGGAGCCCCUCAGAGAAUUUGGGAUUCUUCCAUUUUUACUGGGAGGGUUGGCAGAACUCUCUGAAGGCUUCCAAUCGGAAGAAGAAGAGAACAAGCUUUAAAAGAAAAGCCAGUAAGAGAGGAACGGAACAGGAAAACAAAGGGCGUCCUUUUGUGAUAAAACCUAUCUCUUCACCUCUCAUGAAACCCUUGCUUGUGUUUGUGAACCCCAAGAGUGGAGGCAACCAGGGAACCAAAGUCCUGCAGAUGUUCAUGUGGUAUCUGAAUCCACGGCAAGUCUUUGAUCUGUCUCAGGAAGGGCCAAAAGAUGCGCUUGAGUUGUAUAGGAAAGUACCAAAUCUGCGAAUUCUGGCCUGUGGUGGGGAUGGAACGGUGGGCUGGAUCCUUUCCAUCCUGGAUGAACUGCAGCUGAGCCCUCAGCCUCCCGUCGGGGUCCUUCCUCUGGGCACUGGGAAUGACUUGGCUCGAACCCUCAACUGGGGAGGGGGCUACACAGAUGAACCUGUCUCUAAGAUCCUUUGCCAAGUAGAAGAUGGGACAAUUGUACAGCUAGAUCGCUGGAACCUCCAUGUGGAAAGAAACCCAGACUUGCCCCCUGAAGAACUUGAAGAUGGUGUGUGUAAGCUUCCUUUGAAUGUUUUCAAUAAUUACUUCAGCCUUGGAUUUGAUGCCCACGUAACACUGGAGUUCCAUGAAUCCAGAGAAGCGAAUCCGGAGAAAUUCAACAGUCGUUUUCGAAAUAAAAUGUUCUAUGCAGGGGCAGCCUUUUCUGAUUUUCUACAGAGAAGCUCUCGAGAUCUAUCCAAACAUGUUAAAGUUGUCUGUGAUGGAACAGAUCUCACCCCAAAGAUUCAGGAACUGAAGUUCCAGUGUAUAGUAUUUUUAAAUAUACCCAGAUAUUGUGCGGGCACAAUGCCCUGGGGGAACCCAGGAGAUCACCAUGACUUUGAACCUCAGCGUCAUGAUGAUGGUUAUAUUGAAGUCAUUGGAUUCACCAUGGCCUCUUUGGCUGCCCUGCAAGUUGGGGGCCACGGAGAAAGGCUGCACCAGUGUCGGGAGGUCAUGCUGCUAACAUACAAGUCCAUCCCUAUGCAAGUGGAUGGGGAGCCCUGUAGGUUGGCCCCAGCUAUGAUUCGGAUCUCACUGAGGAAUCAGGCCAACAUGGUACAGAAGAGCAAGAGGAGAACGUCCAUGCCUUUACUCAACGAUAUCCAUCAGGUGCAAGCUGCGGACCUGCGGAGAGUGUCUGCUCCCCCUGGCUCCUUCACCAUUCCCCAGUCUGUCCCAGACCGCCUGAGGAUCCGGGUGAACAAAAUCAGUUUACAAGACUAUGAAGGAUUCCACUACGACAAAGAGAAACUCCGGGAAGCUUCCAUCCCUCUGGGUAUUCUAGUUGUGCGUGGAGACUGUGAUUUGGAGACUUGCCGUAUGUACAUAGAUCGCCUUCAGGAGGACCUGCAGUCAGUUUCUUCUGGCUCCCAGAGAGUUCAUUACCAGGACCAUGAAACCUCCUUCCCCAGGGCGCUCUCAGCUCAGAGACUUUCCCCACGGUGGUGCUUUCUAGAUGCAACCUCUGCUGAUCGCUUUUAUCGAAUAGACAGAUCUCAGGAACAUUUACACUUUGUGAUGGAGAUUUCUCAAGAUGAGAUUUUUAUUCUGGACCCAGAUAUGGUGUUGUCCCAGCAGGCGGGGACACCUCCAGGAAUGCCUGACCUGGUGGUGGAGCAAGCCUCAGGAAUGACAGACUGGUGGAAUCCUGCCCUCCGCAAACGCAUGCUGAGUGACAGCGGCCUGGGGAUGAUCACUCCGCAUUAUGAAGACUCGGAUCUGAGAGAUUUCAGCCACUCCCGAGUGUUGCAGUCACCAGUCUCUUCAGAAGAUCACGCAAUUUUGCAGGCAGUAAUAGCUGGUGAUCUUAUGAAGCUAAUAGAAAGCUAUAAAAACGGAGGCAGCCUGCUAAUUCAGGGACCAGACCACUGUUCACUCCUUCACUUCGCAGCUAAAACCGGCAACGGGGAGAUUGUGAAAUAUAUCCUUGACCACGGACCUUCUGAGCUACUGGAUAUGGCAGACAGUGAAACGGGUGAGACCGCACUGCACAAGGCCGCCUGCCAGCGGAACCGGGCUGUGUGCCAGCUUCUGGUGGACGCAGGAGCAUCUCUGAGAAAGACGGACUCCAAGGGUAAGACACCUCAAGAAAGAGCACAGCAGGCGGGGGACCCCGAUUUGGCUGCUUACCUAGAAAGCCGCCAGAACUAUAAGAUCAUUGGCCAUGAGGACCUGGAAACUGCGGUUUGACCCUGGUGGACACGCUGAGUGAACCUGAACGAGCACAUCGCCUGUGCCCUCCUGGCGAUUGGGCAGCUCCCCUGGAAGAAGCUGAUGGAAUCCAUAAAUCUGUCUCUCUCCUGCAAGAAUCUGAGACCAGGCCACCAGUUUUAAGGGCUACCAAGAUGUACAAGAGAACACGAUAGCCCACUGAGGAUGAGGCAGGAUACCUGGAGAUUUGUGGAACACAGGUCCACAAAAUUCGAUCCUUAUUGCUUCCAGCAAGUAGCAUGAACUUCUGUGUUCACCUGUAUCAUUUAUUUUAAAGAUUCAAGGAUGUUCAUAUAAAUGGCACUGCUCCCUCCGCCCCAUGCGCUCAUCUCUCCCCUGUACCGCACAAUUCUACUGUAACUACCCAUCGGUUAAAAAAAAAAAAACCAAAAACAAACAUGAUAUGAUCUGUUCUCUUUACAUUCAGUCUUUGAAGACCAUGAGACCCUGAAGGUCUCUACAGUCCCUCUGGAUGUCCUGCAGAAAUGUAACUGUAAAACCGCUUCCAUUUCUGAGACGAAACAUACCAAGACUCCUUAGUGACUCUCUGCAUGUCUCCUCUCCCUCCCUGACCCCUUCUCCUUAUCUCAAGCUGGGGAGUGCCACGUGGAUAAUGUCAACUCGUGAUACCUCUGAGGUGUGGCAAGGUGGCGUGGGCGUUGUCUGCGCCCAGCUGUUCUCGGAGAGGUGACCCGGGGGUGACCCAGGGUGCGGGGCUGCUGCCGAUGGCCGCGGAGGACGGGUUCCGCUUGGGCUGUCUGUCUGUCCAGCUCCGUUCUGCCUUCGUGUAGCCAUCUCGGCCUUUGGCUGCCAUCGAGAUGAGCGAUGGAUUAAACAAAGGCCCAGAGCUGGUUGGCAGAAGCACUCAAUUUUAAGUGCUGUUGAAACUGCUGAGCAGAAAACCGUGUGUGGGAACUGUGGUUACAGGAAAUGGGGCGCUGUGACAGCAGUUUACUUUUACUUUUUUGAUAAUAGAAAGCAGGCUAAUCGACUUGAAAUAAAACAGUGAAAGCAAAAGUAGCAGCAUAUGUCAAAAUAACUCACUUAAGCAAGAAAACAGUCGCUGGAAUGUUGCACAGAGGCUCAUAGGCUCUUGGGUACAGUAGUGAGGGGGGCUGAUGUUAGGUUUUCCUUCUCAGUUUUUGAUUUUCACUACUCCAAGUAAGCCUUGUCCCAAGGACAAAGCCUUGUGUUUUGAGUUCCACUGCCAGAUUUCUGAGAUGCCUGCAUCUUUCAGAUGGAUGCCUCACUUACUGCUUGUCAGGUUCCAAGGUUAUGCCCUGUAGCCCCAUUUUUCAUGUACGGGGUGGGCUAAUAUAUUCUUUUCUCUAUAGUUCCCCUACCAGAAUGUUCCUAGUGCAGACUACUGUAGGAGUCUGGCUGGCAGUGGAAUGCAUCUUCUAAUCCCGCCGCAGAUCAGCUGGUACUUACAGGUCCCUCUGUUAGCAACUCUGUGAUAAUGAAAGCAUCGGUCUUCUGGCUUUUGGGGGAUUAUCUACCUGACUUGGGUAUAAUAAGGCAAAAGUGAAAGUGGGUGACAUUUUUGCUUCAGACUAAAGUGAUGUCUUCUGAGCCUUUUUCCAUUUCGCUCUUAGACACAAGGCAAGUGUUUGCUCGUGUUUCUGCAUGGACAUACAUGAUCGUCUCUCUGCAUUUAUUUAAAGGUCUAGUGAUGAGACCAUGCUUAUCUGAAUCACUUUUGGUCACCCAGCCGUUUGAAAGGACGGAGCUGAUACUCUGUGUUGGAUCGGAAUAGCCUCUCAGUGGGUAGGGACUAACUCUGUCCUUAGUUGUUUCACUAAAUCAAAUUGUUGGCAUUAUUUCCAGCUCUGGGACGGUGGGUUGGCUGUGAGACAUCUGUUUCCAUACAUCAGUCUUAGAAGUGGGACUGUCUUUGGGGUUUUCUGGUGAGGGCAAAAAGGACUGCAGAAAAUGGUUUCCAGAAGUUGGAAAAAAGUGCAUUUCAGGAGAAUUUAAUCACUGGGCUUUUGCUGGGAGUUUGUCAGCUGGGGGACUGUCAAAGAGAUGAUGUGAUGACAGAAAUAUAAUCCUUAAAACAGACUGGAAUCUGGCUUUGCAAUGGUGCCUUCCAUUCCCUAGAUUGAGCCAAACAUUUAGCCAUGCAGCCAGUUACCAGCUGCCCUUGCUGGGAUGAGGGACUCGGUUUUCACCAACUGCCAUCUCCUAUUUCUCUGUGAUGCUUCAAAGCAGCCCAGAGAAAACUGAGGGUAGAGGUGGCUAUGGGCCAAUUCAAAUAGCUCCAACUGAAGUCACAUGCAAAUUCUUGGUAUGGAAAGAGAUGAGGUAACAACUACUGUAGGGGCCCUGGUGCAUUUGGAAGUUGUUUCCAACCCAAAAGAUAGUAAUUUCCUACAUUAUUGAUAGGGAAUGACUCAUGACCAAAGCAACUAUCUCUUUGAACAAGCAAACACCCUGAGAACUUGGGUUUCGGCAAAAAAGUAAAUUAAAAGCAUCAAAAAAUGAGCAGAAUAGCGAUCCGUUCAAUUUCUUCAACAUUAAAUCUACCUCCUGUAGCUUUUAUUUUAUUUUUUAAAUUGGCCACUGCAUGUCACCAUCCUGGGCUUUAGAAAAAGCUAAGGACAUGUGCUCCAGGAGUUUCCAACUAGCUCAGGCUGGCACUCUCCCCUCUUAUGAGCCAUCAGAAGGUAGACAAGCCCUGGCCUGAAAAUCCACAGGACUUUAAAAGAUAAAAGUAUAUACCUAUAGAAAUACCAUUUUCUACAAAAACCUAUUGAGACGGCACUGCCAAGAAUGGCUGACUUAGCAGACAUUCCUCUGUGUUUGGCUCGGCAGAGCCCUUCGUCUUGUGGCACUGUCUGCUCUGGGAUUCCAUUUUUAGGUGAGGCUGAUGAGGGAUGAGAAAUGCAGUUAUUAAAAGACAACAUUGUAUCACCUUAAAAGUAGUCAUUUCUGAAGCCUUAUAGUCCCCUGUUACACAUUUAAUGAAAAAGAACCCAGUUAAGCUAUGCUUUAUCACAUUCAAGGACUUGAAAAAGAACAGAAACCAAGAAGAAAAACAAAAACACCAGGGCUAGGAAUUGCACUUGGAGAGUUUUGGUUACUUCUCUAGAGGUUAUAACCUAAAAUGAAUGCAGUUUCAGAAACACAGACUUUAGCUGGCAGGUACACAGCCAUGAAACUAGGGACAGCUGAGAGAAAGCCGCACAGGCCCCAUCACGCCCCAUCCUUGCCUGCUCGCUGGCCUUAGUGCAUAGGCAGAUCCAUGUGCACAGAGAGAUGCUCAACCCGUGGGUAGGGUUCAUUUAGACCUAGCAAGUUUCUCUGCUGAAAGGACUUCUGGAAUUUAUUACUAGACUCCUCAUAACAUCCCUGUCUUAGAAAAUGGGGGGCAGCAGUUUUGUUUGUUUACAUGUCAAUUUUAUUUUAAAUGUCUCAAAUGUUUAAAGGAUAAAAGGAGAACAUGCCUUGUAUAGAAAGUUCUAAUACCACCAAUGAGCAUCCCAUGCAAAGUCAAGGUGGUCCUCUGAGCUGGUCUAGUGUCUCCGACUAACUCCCUAGAGACAAACAGCGUGGACACUCAUCAACAUCGUUGCUUGUGUGUCAUGUCAGAUCCAUUCUGUGCAUAUACAAGCCCUAACGUACAUACAGACGUCUAUUUCUUUCAAAACCUACAUGUGUAUAUAUCCUAUACACACACUGCAUAGGUUUAAAAAAGAACAUUUUAGAAGCAUGCCAGCCAUCUGUACGUGUGUAGUUAACACCAACUGGCAAAGAGAAGGUAACAGAAAAUUUUCAUUUAUUCUUUUUUGUAUUAUUCUAUGCUUAGUUCUAUGAUUGCAGCACUUCAGCAGCACAUGGCAUUUGCUAUUGCUCGUGUCAUAAAAUCCAUGACCAAGAGGGCUUGUAAUUGUUUUUGUUACCUUCUGUGAAGCAUGGAACCUGCCUGAGCCCACAGACUUGUUUUUGCUAUUACUGGAUUUCCAGUGGAGAGUUUCUUCCUUUGGGAGGCUCACACCACUCUACAAGGCUGAGUUUACAGGACUGAUGCUCAUUGCUUUGCCUCAUGAUAUUUAAUUCAGGCAAGCGAUGGCCAAAAAGGUGUAAUAACUUGGCUAUGGGUGGGGUCUGCUUCCUUCCAGUAGGAGUAGCUUAGAGUCACUAUAUUAUUUGACUAUGCCAUAGAAAAAUAAGAGAUCAUUGUCAAAGUGGCCCAUCAUAACCAUCAAAUAAAACUACUAAUUGCUCUACUUAAAUGGAUUAUUUUCAUUUUAGGGGAAAAAGUAGAACACCCAUUAAACGAGAGAGGUUUCUGGUUAAUCUUUAACAUUUAUUUAGUAUAAAAUAGCUUCUGCCCAGGUCUGUAGAACCAUCUCUGAAUAUCUCAGCUGUCUUAGUCUCUAAAUGCCAUAUUCAGGUCAUUAUUUUAAGUCCUAUUAAGCUUUUUCUUGGCCAAGCUUCUCAGACUGACUUUGGCUCCAGCUCUUUUCUGUGCUCUGGUCAUCACUCAUCUCCAGGCCCUCCAGUUUUCUGACCUUGCCAAUAGUCCUACUCCAGGACUUUCUCUGUCAUUGCCUUCAACAGUUUUGUCAUACAGAUGCCCAAAUCUCCCCCAGAUACUGUGCUCAAAAUGGUUCAAAAUGAAAUUACCCUCUGGAGCAAGUAUCUGUUUUGCCUGAAGGACAAAUAGACUUCCAGGGACCUUCAUCAUCUUGGGUAGUUACUCUAGGCCUUAUUCUGAGACGCAGUCUCCCAGGUGUGUUAAGCCAAUUUCUUUCCUAGUCCCACCGUGAGGGCACAAUCGCAGUGGCUUUGUACACACGCAGCGAUAUCAACCGUGUGACCCAGGAAGUCACCUGGGUGACGGUAUCAUAUGAAUGUUUACCUUUGCUGGCUAUCUAUGGAUUGUAGGCUAUCUCCCCUUAGGUUUUUUGGAGAAACCUAAAAAUAGCAACUAAGCAAAAUGUAGUGCCCCUGCCAGCCUGCUCGCCCAGGACACCGUGAGUUACUGACCUGGUCCUGGAAGGAAAAAAAAAAAAAAAAAAAAAAAAGAGCAAAUAAUUCUUAGCCAUUGAAGCAUUACAUUUCAAAGUAGAAAUUUGCAUAUUGGAUGGUAUUCUCGUGGUGGACAGAUUCCAGGGUCUGUUUACAGAUGUAUUCUGUCCUUUUACACGCAAUCAUCUGUUCACGAAUCAAUCAGUCAUGUAUUUAAUCACUGAUUUUAAAAUAUGUUUAUCAUUUACUCUGAUGCAGGCACCAUACCAAGAAUAUAAGAAUAAAUGCAAAAGACAAAAUUCCUGACCUCAUAGAGCUCAGUCUAGGAGAAAAUGCAAAUUCUAAACUGCUAAGCUCUGGGCAGGAGAACCCCACGGUACCGGGGAACACGCCCUGCAGCUUCGUGUCAGUGUUUGUUAUGAUACCGCUCCUUAGCCAGCAAUGUUUUAGGUCUAUGAAAGAUGAAGAGAGACUAUGAAAUAAAAAUAUUUUCCAUUUCUUUCUUCUUGGAGUCUUGGUACUGUUCUUUAAGAAUGGAUUUGAAACCGAGACUUUAAGAUGAGACUUAGAAACACUACUAAAAUGAGAGCCAAAAUAUUUAUCUUCUCAAUGACUGAACCAGAAACAGGAGGCAAAACUUGCAGUGGGUUUUGAGUAUAAAGAUGAACUAUAAAUAUCAUCAAACAGCAGAGUGGGCCGAGUUAGAAACUGUGUCCCUUGGAAUACUUAAGCAGAGGAUACAUGAGUUAGAAACUAUGUCCCUUGGAAUAUUUAAGCAGAGGAUACAUGAGCACCUGGGGGGAGCUGUGAUUAGGGACGUGUUUCUGAGGGGCUGGAACUGGGUCCUGGGAGUUCUAAGAAAUGUUCCUUUAAAAAUGAAUUUGUUCAAUGGCAGCAUUUCAUUGUAAAAUUUAAAAAAAACCUUCAAUCUUUUAAGACACUACUCGGUAACAGAGUCUUUCAAUUUUGGAGCUAUUUUCAAGUCUUCAAACUAAGCACAGAUUUAAGAGCUAACGCAAAGAAAACAUACUCAGAAGUAUAACUUACUCAAAAUAACUUCUGGAAACAUUAUAGAUUUUGAUGAAUAUUCUCAGACAUUCUUAAGUCCUCUUUGAACUCUGUUUUGUCACUCAUGCCAUAUAAAGAAGUGCUGUGGUUUGAUAUUCUGAGAAUAAAGUAUAACCACAGAAUAAAAUUCUGCCUGGCAGAUAUUUGGAGUCCAAGUAAAUGUACAUGAAAGGCAGUCAUGAAAAGUGCUUGGCCUCUGUUCCGGGCCUGCUAAUUACAAGGGAGGGCUUACCCAUGGAAAUGAGAAAGUGAUGAUUCUGCUUUUUACCCCUUUUCCAUAGUUUCAGUAUUUUGAGCCAAAUGGCAUCUGACGGAGGAGACUUCAGUGGUGGGAAGGGCCGACACCCUCUUGCUUCUCAAUCUUUCCUACAUACACUUUUCAACAAAAGAGUUUCGACAACUCGAAUCUGUGCAACCGAUGAGUAACAAUUUCAGUCAUUUUAUAAUGGUAACGCUUUAGCAUUUUGAUGCAUUUUUGACACUUGAGCUUCAAUACAAGCUCCUGAGGUGGAUAAUGCAGAUCAUGCAUUUUAAAUGGACAAAUGAAACCUCAGAGCAAUGAAUUCAACCCACACAGAUUCAUGCAGUAAGUGGCAGAGCGGCAGCAGAAUUAAGACCUUUAGAUACUACAGACGAACGUGUCUACUGUAGAUAUUUUCUAGGUAAAUAAUUGUCCCCCGUUGCCUGCAGUGCUCUUUGACAUCCAUCAUUCAGAUUUCCAUUGAUUAAAAGGUGUCUCCUUGAAAAACUAUUUACCCAAGAUUCCACAGCUCGAGUGUGUUAGGACUGAUGGAGAACAGGACAUUGAAAAUGUAGGGGUUUGGGAGGUCCUGUCGUGGCGCAGUGGUUAGCGAAUCCGACUAGGAACCAUGAGGUUGCGGGUUUGGUCCCUGCCCUUGCUCAGUGGGUUGAGGAUCCGGUGUUGCUGUGAGCUGUGGUGUAGAUCGCAGAUGCAGCUCAGAUCCCGUGUUGCUGUGGCUGUUGCUGUGGUGUAGGCCGGCAGCUACAGCUCCAAUUAGACCCCUAGCCUGGGAACCUCCAUAUGCCGUGGGUGCGGCCCAAGAAAUGGCAAAAAAAGAACAACAACAACAAAAAAAAUGUAGGGGUUUUGCUCUCCGAGGCUUAUCAGCUUGAACGUAUUUCAAGGGGAGAAAGGUCAAAUGUUUUGGUACAAGGAUGGUUUUCAUGUUAAGAAAAUAACACUGGAGAGGGGGCGACUUCCUGGGUUACUUUUUAAUUCUCAGCCUUUUUAAAUGUUAUUAUCAUUUCCCCUUCUUGGAAGUCCCUGAUGGAAUAACAGUAUUCAGAGUGCUGCACCAAACGCUGUUGAGGAUAGUCUUGCCACUGCUUGCGGUUUGGGGCGAGUUUGCAAGGCUAUGUUCAACAUCCACUGUCAUACAGAGAGGUCAUUGGGAAGAUGCUGCACUUGAGACAGAAAGAACAAAGAGGCCUGAGAUAGUCUUCCGUUCUGAAUCUUGCAGUUGACAAGGCAUCUGUAUGGACCAUUCGGUGAACAUGUAAGAGAGGUGUUUGAUCUGGAUCAGAAGGAUGCUACUUAGAUGGGACUGUGAGGUUCAAGUUCUGCAGGGAAGACAUUAAAACAAGGACAGAAGAAACCAGGAAGGGACAUGGAAAGGAGGUAGCUUUACUACUUAUAUAAGGAUUCAUUUUUCUCUAAACAUUACAUCCAGAAAAAAAUGUACUGGGCUUUCGAUAAAACAGGUAACUUCCCACAGUAUUUCUUCUAGUAUUUAAAUGAAAAUUGAACAACCAGGUCAGGGAUUAUGAGACAAUUCCUGAAUUGUGAGGGAGCUUGAACUAAAAGACUUCUGUGAUAUUUUCCAGGUAUAGAUUUCUGUGAUUUUAGACUGGAACAGAACUCACUUAGAGCCCCCCUUUUUUUCAGGUCCCUGCCAUCUAGAUGCAAUGAAAGCAUUUUUGUAAAAACACCAGACAUUCCAAAUAUAUCCCAGAUCAUGUAGAAGCUGGUAUUUCAUGACCCUAAAAAAAAAGUUGGCUUUUCUUCUACACACACACACAUACACAUGCUCACACACCACUGCUAGUCAAUCCCCAAAUCUCCUGCAGAAGAUAUAUGUUUCCACUAAGGUAGACGAGUCACCAACUCAGAAAUUAAAGCGGAAACAAAGGACGUAGUGUUCACCCCCCCCCCUUUUGGGGGUUGAAGUGUGCAGGUGCGACUGGGGGCUUGGAGAAGGGGCAGAAGAGCUCUGUAUUUUCUGGCUUUAAAAAAAUUAAAAAAGCAUGGAGGCAAUUUCUGUAAUUUAUUGCCAUGAAGUAAGACUUCACUUCAGAUCCCCAGACUAAGGUUACUAGGAUAUUUUUGUGUGAACUAGUUUAAACUGCCCGCCUUCCCUUACUUCCAUGAGUUCCUAGAUUUCAGGUUGGAUGGGUGGGGGAGGAAGUUGGUCUGGAGAUAAGUCCUAAAAAGUGGGCUCCUGUCUGGAGUCUUGUUCGCAGAACUGCUCCCACUGUACCUUCCCCCACCCAACUCCUUGCCUCUGGCUUGGGAAGCUAAGAAAGAACAGAGUUAUGGAGGAAAAAAAAAAAAAAAAAAAGAUUCUUAAGAGUAAUAGGAAAAUAAGCCUCUAGUCUUAAAACAAAUUGCCAUGGCAACCCGCAAAUAAAUAUAUACUCUCAGCAAAUGUUGAUCUUCAUGAAAAGCAAAUUCACAAGAUACAGAAAAUAACUGAACUUGAUUAGGGUGGCUUCAGAGACUAUUGACUGUAAAAUUUUCACUUUAUACAGCUUCGAAGAAAUAGAUUAUGUCUAGAAUUUAGGGGAAACCGGGACUCUGCUAAUAGAAGAACUUUCCAAUAGAGCUUUCUAUUAGAACUAGGUUUUGUUUUUUGUUUUUUUUUAAAGGAGUGCUUCAUAGCAGGUUAGACCAUAGACUUGUCUGUGAUCAAAUUUGAGAAAAAUAAGGACAACUUAGGGAGUUUUCCAUAAUCCUUACAAAUUCUGAGAUUAGGACUUUCUUAUUUGGGGGUUUAUAUGUAACCUUUCCUCUUAAAAAUAUUAUCAAGAUAGCUGUUUACAAAUUCUCUUAUAAACAUGACAACCCUAAACUCGUUACCCUAUCAUUCAAUUUUAGGGGCAUUUCUCUGAAAUAUGUUGGUGAGAUCUAUCAACUUUUAACUUAGCUUCUAGCUUUGAUAUUUACUGUACCUUAUAUAAUGAAUCCAAAUAUUUUCUGACCUUUGGAGUCUUAUUAAAAGUGUUCAUUCACUGCCCCCUCCCCCAAUGGCUGGACUGAGGCUUUGAUCACAUGCAGAAUUUCCAGUGCAACCAGAACCUACAUUGAUGCUUGCUAACACCCUGAUUCUGGGCUGGGAAGUGUGGGGAUCUUGCCAUCCUGGGGAGUGAGAUUUGGGGGAAUUUUAUAAACAAAAUACUCUAGCGAGAUAGAGUAGUUUGCGAAACACAUCUUUGAAAAGUUAGAGUCCGAUUUAGUCUCAGUUCAAGGUUAGCUAGUUUUUUAGGAUUGCCAAUGAUUAAAUGGGCAACCAUGAAUCAGACUAUGGCUGAUUGAAAAUGAGGAAAACCAUUCCUGUAAAGAACUAAGGAAUAGAGGACAAUCUCAGUUCUGUAAAAACGAACAUUCUUCCAUUUGAUUUCGGAAUGAGAAGCCGAUUCUGGGCAUGCAGGGGACCCUCGGCUCUGUGUCGCCCACUCUGAGAGGCUCCAUCUGUAGGAAGAGGUCCAGUCACAUUACAAAGGGCUGUUUCAUGAUUUCUGAUUCUGCCCUAUCACAUCCCAGAGCCAUGCUUUUGCCAAGCUGCCAGCUGGCAGGUUGGAAUCCAAAAAAAGUAGCAUCUGUGACAGGAGGAAGAUGGAGUUUUAUUUCCGGGUAAAGUGGGAUCUAGAUAAUAUGAAAUGGAGGGAGGGUGGGUGGGUGGGAAGGGUAGGGUGGGGAAGAAUGGAGUUUUUUUGUAACAAAGUCAUAAAGUAUUUUUCCCUAAUUUUCUUGCAUUUCCUAUUUAUACAAAGUAUCUUGAUCACUGUGUUGCUCUACAGAGAUUUUCAAUGGAAUUAAUUCGGGAGACGGAACUAAUCUCUGAAAAAGAAACUGACUAGUUACAUUACUUUUUGGACACUUUUUUUCUGUAUUGUGAAUUGUGUGGAACUGUACAGAAUAAAAAUUAAGAAAUAUAA